AUGGCUCCCAAAAAGACAGGACUGCCGAGAGAAGUCGUGAGAUGGCUGCAGAGCCUCGACUUGUCUUUCUACCCGAAGAACGUGCCCAGAGAUUUUUCCAACGGUUACCUGGUGGCGGAGAUAUUGUCUCGUUAUUACACCCAAGACUUUCUAGUGCAGUCGUAUGACAGAGGAGCGUCACUCUCUGCCAAACAGUGGAACUGGAGCCAAAUAGAGAGGUCUUUACAGAAGCAGAAUCUGCACUUGAUGAAAAAGCUGAUUGACGGAAGCAUUCACUGUAAACCAGGAGCAGCCGAACUGUUGGUGCAGGAGGUUUAUACUCUUUUAACUACCCGGAGCAUCCGAGAUGUUCGGGGCCCAGCGUCAGACUUCACUGACCGACAGUACCAGGAGCUUCUCCCCACGCUGGCCCGCUCCACGGCCUCCAGGGCCAUCAAGAACAACCUGAGGAUAACGGAGAUCAUGGCGGAGCCCGACAUCAGCACCAACCAGAGGAGGGCCGAGGUCAUCCUCCACAGGCAUCUGGGGCACAAGGCAGAGGAUAGGGUCCUCAACCCUGGACGUUUGAAAGUGAAGCCUAAUCUGUGUCGGCCGGCAGCCAAAGAUCCUGAGCCAUCCAGCCGCGGCGAUGAGUGCUUUGCUUCAUCCGGAGACACUACGGUGAAGUUCUGCUCCUCUUCAACACGGAGUGGAGCGGCCGUUUCCUUUAAGGAGAUAAAGGUGCACCAGCCUGUCAGACGCUCCCUGGUCAACUAUUAA